AUGGUGAAGCUUGUGUUGAUGGACAAACACCAUGAUGCCUCGACUUCAGACCCGGGAGGCAGUGUGAGUGCAGCAAGCCCUGGGAAAAAUAGGAGGGGAAUAUUGCAGAGGAAAUGGAUGAAGCCAAACAAGUCGCAAGGAAAAGCUGAAAAGGCAUUAGCGGGAGUUAAGUCCCCCGCAGAGAAGCCUGCUCUCAAAAAGGUUCCAUCUGAAAAGAAAAUAAAGAUGCCGCUUAGUGACAAUCGUCGCGUUGACGAUGUUGGUGAAAAUAGCGUGAAUUCCGCGCUUGAUGAAGCCGAGGAUGACGUGCCAGACGUUGAACUGCCGCCUCCUAUGAAGCCGCUACAGCAGAACCCGCCAGCAGUUCUUCAACAGACCCCAACGCCGACAGCUGCAUCGGUACCCAACACUCGCAACUCGUUGGCUAUGGAUGCACUGGAACCUAACGGUGGUCACGCUGAUAUCGCCGAGAUUGAGCAAAUUGUCAAGGAAAAAAUGGAGCAGCAUGGUGGUACGGCCAGCACAUCAGGGCGUAGUGGAGAUGGUGAAGAGGAUGAUAGUUCAACACCUGUUGCUGAGAGCAGGGAUGCCAUUCUCAAAAAGCGUGAAUAUGUACUCAGGGAACUCUAUGAGACUGAAGAAGUGUACGUUUCCGACCUACGCCUUGUCUGCGAGGGAUAUAUGAAGCACAUGAUGGACCCCAAUGCUGACCCUCCGAUCCCGGAAAGCCUUCGCGAUCGUCGCCUACGUAUGAUCUUCGGUAACGUCGAGGCUAUUUACGAAUGGCACCGCGAUAAAUUUGUACGCGAGCUGGAGGCCUGUAUCGAGUCGCCAGAACUGUUGGGGCCGCUUUUCCGACGGUUCCUCGAGAAGAAAAUGUUCCUAUACGAAGCGUAUUGCCGUAACAAGCCAGUCUCCGAGUACAUUGUGUCUGAACACGAACAUUACUUUCAAGAAUUGAGACACAAACUGGGACACAAGCUACAGCUGGGUGAUCUACUGAUCAAGCCGAUCCAACGUAUUCAAAAGUAUCACUUGCUGGUGAAGAAGAUCCUCAAAUACUCGGAGACUGCGAACGAGCCGGCAAUUGUUAUUGAUUCGCUUCUUGACGCUGUGCAAUGCACUUCAAUUAUUCCGAAGAACGCCAAUGACAUGAUGGAUGUCGGACGCCUUCAGGGAUUUACGGGCAACAUAGCGGCGCAGGGCAAACUAUUGUUCCAAGAGGGGCUGAUAGUUUCUGAAGCCACUAAUGAUAAAGGAAAAGAGUUGCAUGUGUUUCUAUUUGAACAGUGCAUGAUCUUUACUGAACCCGUCGGCAAGCGGACACAGUUUACAAGCCCCACUUACCAUUACAAGGCGCAAGUGCAGGUGAACAAAAUGCGUUUGGAGCACGAAGAUGGCGCCAAUUUGUUCAUUGUGAAAUCUAAUUCGAACAAGCCCCGCUCUUUCUACUGCCGUGCUCCUGACGGGCGCCUUCAACACUGGAUUAAGACACUUUCCAGUAUUCUUGAGUCGCAACUGAAUUUUGGAAUGAGACUUGAAAACCCUAGCGCGUUCAUGAACGAUGAACCGCCACGUGAACCUUCCGCUGAUUGUUGGUGGGCGCUUCGAAAGGCUGAGAGCGUGUCGCCAUCUUUGGGUGACAGACAAGAAUUAAUUCCAAGGACGCAACGUCCGCACGCUAAAGCGAACACUAUUAAUCUUCCAACGAGCGCAAGAGACGAUCACAAGAAAGCCAGUUCUGCCGUGAGCCCAACUUCACCGCCUCACGCCAAUGGUCUGUCAAAGCGAGCUUGGGGCCUGAAGCUUCGUCGAGGCGGAAGUGGCGCAGGCGAACCGAGUGACGGGCUGGUCACUGAGUUACGACCGCCUGAGCUGAUCGAGCCAGCUACAGACGUGACGGUCGCGCCAGGGGCCUCUGCAGUUCUUUCUUGCCGGGCUAACGCCACACGUGCCACAGCUUCAUGGCGUAAAACUGCACCUGAAACACGUGCGUUACGACACGGCGGUCGUUUCGCUAUUAGCCUUGCAGCGGACGGACUGGCGUCUUUAGUCAUACACGCUUGCCGCGCGUCUGAUGCUGGUGUUUACUGCUGCCUUGUGGGUAACGAGCUGGGUGGUGUGCAGACAUCUGCACGGUUGACUGUUGGCUCCGGUGGCACACCCGGUAUUCCUGCUGUGCGAGCACACCCCGGGGGUGGACUUGUAGUGCAUUGGGAUGAACCUGAAGCCGCCCAUCUCGAAUAUUGUCGUUUCGGCGAAGGCGAGUGGCGACGAGCGACAGAAACACCUGCUGCUGCAAAUACUUUGGCUUUAGAAGAACUUCCCGCGGGCCAAUAUAGCUUUCGCCUUAUCUGCGCUCGUAGUAGUGCAGCAGGCGCGGCGUCUGACCCAGCAACGUGUGGAGGCGGUGGAGGUUGGCAAAGAGAACAAUUUUCAAGAAGAUACUCUAUUGAAGAAGAGAUUGGCCGAGGUCGUACAGCUCGCGUGUUGGCUGCCCGGGAUACUGGGACUGGACAGCGAGUUGCUUUAAAACAGGUUGUAGCAGGCAGGGGUGCAGAUGCGAUGCGAGAAUACCGUAUUCUAUCGGGUGGAGCUCACAAUGCAGUCGUGCGGGCACUGGCUCUGUUCGCGGAAGUACCAAGAGCCGGUGCACACACUCUAGUACUGGAGCUAGUAGCUGGCGGCCCGUUACUUGACUACGCUGCUGCUAACCCGCUCGCGUAUACACAACGCGCAGUCGCAAUGCACACUAGACAAUUGCUCUCUGCCCUCGAUUGGCUUCAUUCCAAUAAUGUUGCACAUCUUGAUGUCCGGCCUGAGAACAUCCUUGUGGAACUCAGCGGUAGUCAACCUCAGCUCAAAUUGGUGGACUUCGGAUCGGCUAUAGAAAUAAACACGGAAACAGAAGGGUGUCGUGGCACUGUAUUACCGCCUGCGCCCGCCCAACUUGAGUUUGCGCCCCCCGAGUGCGUCCUUGGCCGUCCGCCCGCCCCCGCAUGGGACGCUUGGGCGGCUGGGGUCUUUUUAUAUGUGUUCCUAACUGGGCUAUCACCAUUCCUGGACGAGUCUAUAGAGGAGACAACAGCAAAUAUAAUUAAAUGCGAUUAUUGUUUUCCGCCGGAACAUUGGUCGGGGAUAGAGGAACGCGCACAAACACUUAUUAGAUCUCUUCUAGACUCGACACCAAGUCGUCGACUUACACCUAAGGACGCCCUUACGGACCCCUGGUUUGAUGAUGCACCAAGCUCAUGUCUAUCAGCAACACAACUCAAGACGUUCCUCGAUCGACGGCGACCCUCCGGCCACGGUAACGCACUUCACUCUUUGCGCUCACCCAACGACACUUGA